GGGAGAAACAGCAGAGCCUCCUCCAAGAUGCUGGUGGUCCUGUUCACAGCGGUCUUGCUGACCCUGAGCUAUGCUCAGGAACCAGAACUUCAGAGCCUAAACCAGACACCAAAUCAGAAACCACCUCCACCAGGAUUCCCACCAAGACCACCUGCUAAUGGGAACCAGCAAGGCCCACCCCCACCAGGAAGCCCACAGCAGAAACCCCCUCAGCCUGGAAAGCCCCAAGGCCCACCCCCACCAGGAGGCCCACAGCAGAAACCCCCUCAGCCUGGAAAUCCCCAAGGCCCACCCCCACCAGGAGGCCCACAGCAGAGACCCCCUCAGCCUGGAAAUCCCCAAGGCCCACCCCCACCAGGAGGCCCACAGCAGAGACCCCCUCAGCCUGGAAACCAACAAGGCCCACCCCCACAAGGCGGCCCUCAGAGACCUCCUCAGCCUGGAAAUCAGCAACGCCCACCACAAGGUUCCCAAUUGGGCAGACCACAGGGACCUUUCCAGGGUUUGGGUCCUCAGUAAACCAGAAUCCUCUGAAAGAAAGUGAGUAAGAAGUUCUCUCCCUCAUGUUUUUCUACUGUCACAGCAGGGUCAGAACUGGAGAUUCACAACAUUAAUAAAAUGAUCAACCUGCAACUUCUGAUUGCUGUCUUUUUUUUCUGGAUGGAAUUUCAGGACUGAAAAUAAUCCAUGUGCUCAAUCCAGUCUUAUGGUUUGCUCUUGCAAUUUAGUUCAGCAAUUGUCCAUAAUCCAGUUACCUGGCACAAGUAUUCUCCUGCUUUCCCUUGCCUGGUCUCUAAAACAUAAUAGGUUGUAAAAUUUAUUUACAUUUUAAAAUAACAGGCUGAUAAUUUGGUAUAUUAUAGCAUUGUAGUAUACUUGAGCUGAACCCAUAUCAAAGUAUAGACCUUAGCAUAUCCUUUGGAAUCUUUAAAAACUUUAGACAGAUUUGUUUGAAGGGACACAAGCCAGCUUGAUCUUUGUGAGCGUGGCUUGCCCUUCUACCACAUAAUUCUACCAUACUAAGAAUUGUUAUAUUACAUUCCUAAAGCUU